AUGACACAAUCUGAUAUUGGCCUUAUGGACCUUCCUGUGGAAAUUCUAUAUUAUAUAUUCAAUAAACUAGAUAAUGUUGAUGUUCUUUAUUCAUUAUUUGGUAUAAAUAAUAAACGAAUUGAUAACAUAAUACGAGAUCAGAUUUUUUCUAAUACUCUUAAUUUGACAAGAAUUAUUGAUAAUACUUUGAUAUUUAAUCGAUUUUGUAAUUCUAUAAUACCUCAAAUACGUUCGAAUGUUCAAUGUUUGACUGUUGAUUCCUUAUCAAUCGAACAUAUUCAUUAUCCAAAUUUGAAUCAUUUAAAAUUUAUCAAUUUUCAACGUGAUAAUUGUUUACAUCAUUUUACAGAUCAAUCAUCUGCGGAUUAUAUUUUGAGAAAUCAAAUAACGAAACUUGAACUUUCAAAUAUUGAUCAUGAACGUAAGAUAGGAACAUUGGCAAGAUAUACAGAAACAGUUUAUGUACAUAUUUUAAACUAUUUUCAACAAUUGAAAUAUUUCGCUGUACCAAAAACAACAACAUAUGGAUAUCCAGGUUUAUCUUUAUGUCAUUUACCAUCAAAUACUUUUUCUUCACGUACUCUAACUUAUCUAUCUAUUCAUGUGAGCACAUUUGCUGAUUGUCUUUGUUUACUUGAUGGUCGUCUGAAACAAUUAAAUACAUUUAUUGUUAAAACUUAUUCAAUGGAUACAAAUCAAUCAGUUGCUCACAAUUUGGAUGAUUUAUCUAAUAUGAAAUAUUUUUCAUUUAUUUAUUGUGGUUUGAUUGAAGAAUUUGAUGAUAAAAUCAUAUCUCUUCUGCGUCGAAUGUUAAAUUUAAAAAAAUUAACAUUAUAUUUGCGUGUCAAGUCUCAAAAUCAAUUCCUUGAUCCCAUAUCUCUUAUUAAUGAAUAUUCAAUGGAUAUGAAACAACUUCAAUCAUUUGAUUAUUAUAUUAGUACUGAAAACAAUCAAAAGGAUUAUAGUCAUCAUUUAUGUAAUAAUAAUGUAAAACAUAAAUAUUUGAAUAUGAAUCGAGAAGUAACAAAUAUUAUUAGUUUUGGUUUUAACACAGUUACAUAUCAUGUUUUUACAGUUCCAUUUAAGUUUGCAAAACUUAUGAAUAUUGGUAAUAUAUUUCCAAAUAUUAUGUUCAACAAUGUUAUCGAAUUAUGGAUACAUGAUGUUAUACCAUUUGAACAUGAAUUCUUUUUACGAAUAGCUCAAUUAUUUCCAUUACUGAAAAGCUUGUUUGUUAAUGAUUAUGCACCAUUGUCAUAUGUAUCAAAUCAAUCUUCUCACGAAAUUCAUUCAAGUACAAUCGCUCGAUAUCCUCAUCUUUCUUCACUUUCUCUUACGAAUAUUGGUACUCGUUAUAUUGAACAAUUCCUAAAUGAAAAUAAAACUAAUUUACCAUGUCUAACUUCAUUAAGAGUUUUCUAUCAAUAUUUGAGAAUCGUCACAGAAGAUUUUACAAGAGAAGCAACGCGACAUAAUUGUGUCAACAUAAAACAAUUAACUACUUAUUCUUAUAUUGUUGGCUCGAAAGAUUUUCAUAACUAUUUUCCUUUGCUUAACACUUGA